GUCACGCGAAGGGGCGGGGAUAGAGAGUCGGAAAUGCUCAUGUUGUUUGUGCGAACAGGUGAGCUUCAGUCUCGCUGUGGAUCGGGGGAAACAUGGGCAAACUUCAGGAGUUUGAGAUCAAGUUUGACAAAAACAAAGUGGUGUACGCUCCGGGUGAGUCUAUCUCUGGAACCGUGAGAUUCAAACUGGGACAGCCGCUGCAGUGUAAAGCAAUCAAAGUGAACUGCAAUGGUUUCUGUGGCAUCACCAGUAAGAUAAAUGAGACGGCAUGGUCUGAGGAGGAGCAGUACUUCAACAGUACCAUCUCUGUUGCAGACAAAGGAACCCUGAUACAGGGAGAGCAAACCUAUCCCUUCAAGUUUCUCAUACCAGCCUCUGCUCCGACAUCUUUUGAAGGCAACUAUGGUAGGAUCAUUUACAGAGUGAGAGCUUUCAUUGACACACCACGAUUCGCCAAGGACUACAACACAGAGAAACCUUUCUACCUGCUAAGCCUUCUAAACCUGAAUGAAGUGCCAGACAUAUGGGGAAGAUGUUCAUCUGCAGUGACGCAGCAGUUCACCUACAUGCUGGUGAAAACCGGCACAGUGGUCAUGAAGGCCCAGACCGACAUGAAGGGUUACACACCAGGCCAGAUCAUCCAGGUGUUGACCAACAUCCACAACCAGUCUGGAAAGAACACAGGCAACAUGGCGGCCAGCCUGAUGCAGAGAGUGACCUAUGAGACGAAGAGGCCCACCUAUGACGUGAGGACAAUAGCAGAGGUGGAGGGUGGUGUGGUGAAGGCUGGCAAGGAGGUGGAGUGGAAGGAGCAGAUCAUUGUUCCUCCUCUUCCUCAGUCCUCCCUCGCUGGCUGUGAACUUAUCAAGAUCGAAUAUUACGUCAAAGUCGGUCUAAAGUCUCCAGACGUCACGUUGACGUUACCCAUCCACAUCGGGAACGUCUCCCUAGACAAAAAACUGCAGCCUUGCAAUAAAGCAGCCACUCCCUCCUCUGCCAAAGCUGAAGACACACCAGCAUCGGCCUCUACACCUGACACCGCCAUGCCCCCUCGCCCUACCCCAAAACCCGCUCCCCGCCCCACCGCUCGCUCCAGGAUGUCCUCGCUUAAUUCCCCCAGCGCUCCUCCCGCUGACUACCACCAGGGAGCAGAGGGUGGGACACCGAUAAACGAUGGCUUCCCCAACAAGCGCCACUCUCAGCUAGUGUCACCCCACGCUUUCAGCUAUGCUCCUGGCCUCUUUUUCCCCCACAACCACCAGCCCAAUGGGCCCAGCACUGCACCCAGUGGGCCUAUAUUCAGUGGGUCCACAGGGGCCACAGCACCUUACCCCCCUGAGAACGGCGCUAGCUCAAUGCCGACACCACUCAUCCUGCCUCCGGACUACGGCACAUCAGCAUAUCCACAAGAGGCACCUCCUUCUUAUGAUGUGAGCUGCAACACAUGAAGUGGAUAAAGAACCAGCAACCGUCCACCAGAAUGGCAAUCAGUUCACUCUGUUGUCCUGCCAUUUUAAAAAAAAAAAAAAAAAAAAAAAAGUUUUAACUUACCUUGACAAAAUGAUGCAAGACACAGGAAACCUAAUGUUACCUGGUAUCAUGAGGGUGUUUUAUCUUUUUAUAAUGUAACUCUGCUGCCCAGUGAAGUACCCUCACUAAAACGGGAGUUAUUCUCUCCUUUUAAACAAGUCCAUAUCUGUCCUUUUUUUUUUUGGUACUAAGUGAAAGGUACACUUACAGUAACAGGAGUCAUGUGCUUAGUUGUGGGUUAUUUACAGAUGGCAUCUGUGAUGUCAAGGUUGAACAUUUUAUGUAUGAAAGCCUGUGCAAAACAAACCCAUCUCAUCUGAUAUUUUGUCCAAUAUCCUCAUUUCUUCAGAAGCCAAAUAAGAAAUGAUGGAUUUUUUUUUUUAUUAUUAUUAUUAUUAUUGGAAACGGGUGAAAUCAUCUUUAUUCUUCUGGCAAAUUCUUCAUUUAGUUGGAGUUUGAAAUUUAAGACUGGAUUAAACACUUUGUUUAGAAAGAUGCCUUUUAAAUGUUGAUGAUAAUGAACAAUCCCGAUAUUGCUGUUGCAAGUUGUCUACAUAUAGCUUUUUAUAUAAUGCUAAUACGAUUAGCCUCUUAAGAUUUCUUCCCUGUUAUCAUUUGCGACAUUCAUGUUCUUGAACUGUUUUAAAAUGACUUAUGUUGACUUCCUUCAAGAAAUGGUGUUUAGUGUGUUCUCUGCCCUGCUGAAUGUCGGUUGGUUCUGUAUAUGCCAUACAUCCCUUCUCUGUCUCAUUGAUUAUAUUACAACAGUUGUGCAAUAAUGCAACAGCACUGUGAUUUGAAGUUUUCUUUGGUCCUUCCUGAUGUCGUUUGCAUCCUCUAUCUUAAUCAUAGAAUUUUGUGAAUAAGUUUUAAAUUUUACUUUUUUUUUUUUUUUUAAGACAUAUUGUAUAACAUAUAUUAUUCAUCUUUAUUUGACAGUGUAGUAAUGGAAGAGAGAGAGAGAUAGAAGGGUAUGACAUGCAACAAAGGUCCCAAGGCCAGAAUUGAGGCCCGGACGUUGUGGUUAUUUGGCAUGUGUACAAAUAAAUGUGCUGUAACCACUCAAAUACUAUGGCUACCAUUUAAUAUGUAUAUACAUAUUUAUUGUUCUGAGUGUUUCCACCUGCUGUCUGGAUUUUAAUAAAUGUGUUAAAACCA